GCAGAAUCAGUUGGAUGAACAUCGUAAUGAAAUGAUGACCAUGACUGAGAAUUAUAAACAAGAAAAAUAUGCUCUUCAGAGAGAGGUUGAGCUCAAGAGUCGAAUGUUAGAAAGUUUGAACUGUGAAUGUGAAGCUAUUAAACAACAACACAAAGUGCAGCUGGAACAACUAGAAGAGCAGUUGAAUAGAAGCCAUGGACAAGAAAGGAAUGAACUAAAAAAUAAGUUAGAAAAACUGAAAGUGGAGUUAGAUGAAGCAAGGCUUAGUGAAAAGCAGCUGAAGCAUAAAUUAGAUCACCAGAAGGAACUCCUGGCUCAGAAAUCAGAGGAAAUACGGAUAGUGUCUGAGCGUGUACAUGGGAUCUUGUCUUCGGAGAUGCUGGCUCUUCAGGUUGAGCUGACUGAAAUGGAAAGUAUGAAGACCAUCCUCCAAGAAGAAGUGAAUGAACUACAAUGCAGACAGGAACAACUAGAAAGUUUCAGUAAUAACUUAAUGCGCAGGGUAGUCCAAUUUAAAGAAGAUAAAGAAGAGCGGGAAAAAGAAGCAGUUUCUUACUACAGUGCCUUAAAGAAAGUUUGUGUGGAAAAUCAGGAUUUUCAGAUGCAGUUGAAUCAGGCACUCCAGCAAACUUUGGAUCCCAAUAGUAAAGGCAACUCUUUGUUUGCAGAGGUGAAAGAUCGAAGGGCAGCGAUGGAACGCCAGCUGAUAAGUAUGAAAGUCAAGUAUCAGUUAUUAAAGAAGCAAAGUGUAUUUAAUAGAGAACAGAUGCAAAAAAUGAAGCUGCAAAUUUCCACAUUACUACAGAUGAAAGGAUCUCAGACUGAAUUUGAACAGCAGGAACAGUUGUUUGCCAUGAUGGAGCAGAAAAAUGGUGAAAUAAAACACCUUUUAGGUGAAAUUAGAAAUUUGGAGACAUUUAAGAAUUUGGUGGAAUCUAAGCCUUCCAUGCCAGGCAACUCUGGUCUAGAAGACAAAACCUACUAUACAGAUUUACUUCAGCUAAAACUUGAUAACUUAAACAAAGACAAUGAAAGCACCAAAGGUGAGCUGUCCAUACAGCGAAUGAAAGCGUUGUUUGAGAGCCAGCGGGCCCUGGAUAUUGAGCGAAAUCUUUUUGCAAGUGAAAGACGCCUUCAGCUCGUAGAAAGUGAAAAUAUGAAGCUAAGAGCUAAAAUUGAUGAACUAAAGCUGAAGUAUGAACCUGAAGAGAAAACUGAAGUGCCUGUGCUCAAAAAGCGGCGUGAGGUGCUCCCUUUGGAUGUAACUGCCCCUACAGAGGAUACCAACUUGGAGUUAGAAGAACCGAUUUCUACAAACACACCUAUAGCCGCUAUCUCUCCUUGCAAAAAUCUCCCACUGGAUCUGCCUCCAGAGAAAGAAAAAAAGUGUGUGAAGCUUGUAGAUGAUCCAGCGGAUGCUGAGGCCUUAUGUGAAAGAAGUGGAAAUGCCCCCUGUGCUGCCAGGUUAAUUGCUGAACCACAGCUUCAGAUGGAAGCUAAAGAAGGGAACGAAGCUGCGAUCAAGCUAGGAAAGGAGCCUGCUAAGAAGCCACACCCUAUUGUGUACGUGUCCUCCAAGUCAGCUCCAGAGACUCAGUGUCCUCAGCAGUAGACUGCUCUUUCACUACUGGCC